UGCAGAGACGAGGAGAUCUCCAGACACGAGAGAGGGGAGGCUAUAUAGGAAGAGCAGAAAAGCAAUGCUACGGCAAGCACAAGGCUGAAAGGGAGAAGGACGCCAGAAGAGGAGACACCUGGCGAGACGCUCCGAAAGGAAGGGGGGGAAAAACCACCAAACCAAACGAGGCGGAAAAACAACAGGGUCUAAUCGCAGACUCGUGUCCUUUCUCCUAGGCGUAGCGAAGCGUCCUCUCCAAGACCGCUCCAAUGAACAUGUCAGUGUUGACUUUGCAGGAAUACGAAUUCGAGAAGCAGUUCAACGAGAAUGAAGCGAUUCAAUGGAUGCAAGAAAACUGGAAAAAAUCUUUCCUGUUUUCUGCUCUAUAUGCUGCCUUUAUAUUCGGUGGUCGGCAUCUAAUGAACAAAAGAGCAAAAUUUGAACUAAGAAAACCAUUAGUUUUGUGGUCUUUGAGUCUCGCAGUUUUCAGUAUAUUUGGUGCUCUUCGAACGGGUGCUUAUAUGGUGUAUAUAUUGAUGACCAAAGGACUGAAGCAAUCUGUUUGUGAUCAGAGUUUUUACAAUGGACCAGUCAGCAAAUUCUGGGCGUAUGCAUUUGUGCUAAGUAAAGCACCAGAAUUAGGAGAUACAAUAUUUAUUAUUCUUAGGAAGCAGAAGCUCAUCUUCCUCCAUUGGUAUCACCAUAUUACAGUACUACUUUAUUCUUGGUACUCUUACAAGGACAUGGUGGCCGGUGGUGGCUGGUUUAUGACCAUGAACUAUGGAGUACAUGCAGUCAUGUACACAUAUUAUGCCUUGCGGGCUGCGGGCUUCAGAGUGUCACGCAAAUUUGCCAUGUUUAUCACCUUGUCACAGAUUACACAGAUGUUUGUGGGCUGCAUAGUCAACUACCUGGUCUUCGCCUGGAUGCAACAAGGCCAAUGCCACUCACAUGUUUACAACGUCGUUUGGUGUUCCCUCAUGUACCUCAGCUACUUUGUGCUCUUCUGUCAUUUCUUCUUUGACGCAUACAUUGGCAAAACAAGGAAAGCAAGGAAGGCUGAGUAGUGCUAGGAAUACCGCUAAGCCCCCACUCAGCUCGUCGACCAAACCAGAAACACAAAGCAAAACAAAAUGGCACAACAAAAACCAUUUAUAUGUGGUGCAAGUAAAACUCAGCAGCUGUGGACAGAUAGGUUUGUUCAAACCGAUAAAUUUAUGAUCAUGUUACGGUAAGGACUCAAGGAAUGAUCUUUAUAUCUUAGCAGGCUGCUGUAAGACAUCUUCUUUCUUGCAUCUCUUAAAAGAAGCAAUCUUGCAUUUAGAAAACAAAAGGAGAAAAAGAUCAGAAUUUUGCGAAAUAAAAUAUUAAGAAUAUGGUUUCCCCGAUCAUAUAGAUAACCUUUAUUUUAAAUGAAAUUUAUUAUAUUCUUUCUAACUUUUGUUUUUAAAGAUCUAAAACUUGAACAGAAUUUAAGAAGAGGAAACAAAUAGUCUGUAUCCUGUGAAAUAUUACAAAUCUGCCUUACACUGUCAGAGCAUGGUUCUUCUGAGCUCCUCCUUCUCUAUUCUGACCGGCAGCAGUUCCACUAAUCUUGGGAAAUGCCCUGCAAGUAAAGAUCCUGGUUUAUUUUAUAUACAUACAAUACACCCAAGAAUCCAAGGAUUAAACUUUGGACAUUUCUGCAGGCAAAGUAUUUGCUCUCCAAUUGAGUUAAGGGAUCCUUCCAGUAUUUGCCAGUAUUUCUGUAAAAGUGGGGGGAAAGCUCCUUCUUGAAAAGGUUGCACUCUAGGAAGCCAAAUUAUUUUUUAAAAAAGGUUCAUAUCAAAGCUCUUAUUAGGGCAGCCUUUUAAAUUCCACUGAAGCACUACAUGACGAAAAAAAUGGUAACCAUGGGUGCACAAGAGAGCAUGGGUGCCUGGGUUCAUAUAUGUUCUGUAUUAUGUUGUCAGAGGCUCUGGUAUGUCAAGUUAAAUUAAAGAUUUAGAAUUAGAAUAAUCUAAAGAUUGAAGGCUUUCUUCAAAAAAUGUUAGAAAGCAUUGGUUCAAGCGUAUUUUGAGUCUAAAGUGUGGCCAAGAAUAAUUGUAAUAUUGAGUCAAUUAGUUACUGGAACUAUUGAUAAUAGAAAGCAGGAGGAGAGGGGGGAAAAGGGAUAGGAAAUGGCCCUUCCCAGUAAGCCAAUUUGCAGAGAUCUUUCCAGCUACUGUGCUGUGAUGCUAUUUGAGAUACAGAGGAUAUUGUUCACUCUUCAUUUAGUUGAUAUAUUGUCAUCUGAAUCACUUUAUCCACAGUUAUUUCUAUUACCCAGAAUUGUUCAAAAUAAGGGAAUGCAAAUGUUACAGUAAGGCUGGUUUUUGGAACGACGUUUCCUGCUUCCAAUAUCUUCUCUUUCUUCCUGUUGAUUCCAAUGACGGCUCACAGCUCAUAACCACAAGUCGUUGUUAAGAGAACUUGUAAUUUCUUUAUCAUAGAUCAUAAACAGAGGUACAAUUUUCAUUGGUGUAUGCAAAUUGCUUCUCCUACCAAACAAGUCUAAGGCUCCAAAACUGAGGUGGAACCAUCAUAGGGAGAAGAAAAUAGAAGCUAUCCUAAAGAUGAUAGAGCCCGAAGAUACAUCAUUAAGUGCAAUUGGAAUGAAAGGUACAAAGACAAGCAAAAAUUAGCUUUGGAGAUAUAUUACUAUUAGAGAGAUCAGGAAACAAAUACUGUGGUAUGGUACACAUAUUUUAUAUUUUUAUGAACUUCAAAGAAUAGAUAUCUGCAACUUUAAAUAGUAUUUUACAGACUGUAAAUGACUUUAGCUAACACUGUGCUUCUGUAUUUGCUUCACAAGCAAUGCAAAGAUGUUUAAAGUGCCCUCCUGUGGCCACUUAGAGAUACUACUCUAGAAGGCAGACCAUGGAAUCAUACUGCAAGCUUUGACGAGGGCAAAUCCUGAAUGGACUGGUUGUGCUGCAACAAAUUAAUGUAUAGAAAAAACUUCAUGCUCACUUUAAAAAAAAAAAUCCAUAGGAAAGCUAUACUGUAGCAUCCUUGAUUGCUUAAAAAAAGACAUCUGGUUCUUCAGUCAGCUGCAGAUAAAAAGAUGCCACUCUGAACCUCAGAGAAAUAGCUGAAAAGAGCCAUAUUUUCUACAAAGAAAAAGUAGAUUGUAUUAUCUGUAAGAUUUCAGUCCUUACAAAGCCAAAUAAAAUAUAUAACAUUCCUAAUACUUCAAAGAAAAAAGUAUGUAAAUUUAAUGUUGCAAGUGUAUUAGCAUAAUGUUUUCUCAUUUCUGUUCGGUUCUUUUUAACAAUUAGAAGAACUAGAGAAAGAAUGAAAAGCUGCUAUUUUACGUAGGGAAUCAAACGUACAUGUAACUACAUAUAUAAUCCUUACAUGACUUGUCCAAAAUAAAAUUAAUGGGGCCAGGCAGAAUCACUUUUUUUUUCUAAUGGAAAAUGUUGUCCACUUUCUUACUUUAACUUCAGACUCAGAGAUUAUACUCAGACAUAGUAAUACAGUACAUAGUAAUUUGAUUUAGCUUCAACUGUGCUGUCUAUCAUUCAGGACUCAGUGUAAUAACCCUGUUAGACAUAAAGGGCUUUCAAUGUUCCAUGAUGUCCAGAAAACUGCUACAUUCUAUAUGAUUCUAUGUGAACUGUAUUUGGGGGUGGGGGCUAUGGGAUUCAGAAGCUCUCUAGGGCUUAAUCAUAACUGUGAAAAAUUGAAAAAAAAAGUUUGUAGCUGUGUCAUUUAAGUUAUUGAUGUUCUGACAUUGUUAUACACUACAAGAAUAACAAAAUAUUAUAUUAAGUAGAACAUAAAAAUAUAAUAGUAAAUUAUAGGACUUAUAGGGUACAUGGGCAUUAAAUUGAAAUGUAGACAAUGUUAUUUGGGGUUGCGAGGGUAAGAAUUCUAUUCCACAGUAAACCUUCCUUUGCUUUCUGCUCCCACAACAAAUAUUUGAAGCAAAACUAAAGUGUGGAAAAGUUGUGGGAAGUAGUAGUUGGUAAUUUGCAGCUGUGCCCUUACCAUGUGUAUCUUUCAUGUCUCUCUUAAUUGUUUGCAUUAUAAGCUGAUGAUCUACUCAUUCAUGGAAAAUUUACUUUUUUAAAAGAUGGUAUUUCACAAGGGAUGCUAAGAAUUUUAUUAUUAUUUUUGCUCCCUGUAACCAAAGGAAUGGAUUACAUCAGUGAAGAUCAUUGAUUUAAAAGGGUUUUCCCCCCUGUUUUAUUCUAAUAUUAAUAAGAGUGAUAAGCAACCAUUUGCAUUCUUUUUUCAUAUGACUUAUGAGAAUGCUUUGAUAGGGCAGUUCUGAGAUAGUUGUUUAAAAGCACAAUGUCACAGAACUCAAAACAGCAUUCCAGCCUUAUUUCUCUUCCAUUAAAGCAGUUGUGGUUUACUUUUGAAAGGGAAAGUUUGUUUAUUAUUAUUAGAAAGAAAAAUGAGAAAAAAUGAUAUUGCACUGUUAUAAAAAUAAUAAUAAUAACAGUUAUAAGAUGAACAUUGUUAUAAAAUGAACCAGAAGAAUAGGCAUCUUUUGUCCAGAAUAGGUUGUCCAGACCCAAAAUAUUUAUAUCUCAACUCUCCCAUUCAAAUAACUGGCUCUGAAAAUGUGUGAGGCGAUAGCUAGCUGGUAUCUCCUUCUCCCCCUUUUAUUUAUAAAUGAGCAAAUGUACUGCAAUACAUAAUGGCCUAACAUUUAUCACCUUUAAUAUUCUUAUAAGAAUAAAUUCAGCUAAGUUACUAUUUAGUAACUGGGUUAAAUUAUUGCAAAAUCUGCAAAAUAUUUUUUCCUUAUUGGAAAGCUAAUUGGAAGCCUUGAUUCCUGGAGUUCCAUAAACAGAUUAUAAUGUUUGCUGAGUCAUUUGUAAUUUUCUUAAUUGUUGCUCAUCCACAGAAUCUCCUGCUUUAACCAUUUAGGUCACCAAAAUAUAGUGAAUAAGUUAAAUAUACUUGCAUGAUCUAUUCUUUAGACCUAAAGAAGUUACAGAUUCUGCAAAUCACCUAAACGUGUGCCAGCUAGCUCAUCUGGAAUGCAUCCAAUCCAGUGCUGAUGAUCCAAUUUUAGACCAUAGAUUACAUUGAGGCAAGUUUUGGUAAACUUUCUUGUUGAGCAAGUGAAUUCAUUCAUUGAGUCUCAGGCUAAGCACUCGCCUUUUAUGGCCUAAAUCUAGAAAGACUUGAGUCAUGCUUAAGCAUGCUAGUAUCAGUGGAUUUGUCUGUCUUGGCUGAGCUGAUACAUAAAUAGGAGACUCACAAAUACAUAGAGAGCAAAGCAGUUAAAAAGAAGACAUAUAAAGGUGGAUCAGUGACUGUGUGAACAUGACUGAUCUGCAUUGCCUUGAAAAGUCUUCCAUGCAGAAAUAUGUCUUAAGAUUUUGUAUUUCUGGAGAAUGGAGGAGUGAAUAGUUUGCAAGGCUAACCGUGCAGUGAUAUCAUAUUGAUUCAAAACUAAAUCAUCUUAGUUCAAGGGAGUGAUGGUUAUUCCCUAAUGAGUGGGGGUAGACCCAACCAUGUCCACACUUUAGGAUUCUGACUCAUACGUCACUCCUGCUAAAGUUUGUCUCAAUUAUUUACCACCAAUGGUCAGUUUGCGUACCAGCCACUUACCCAUCUUAGAAAGUAAUUUUGCUCCCUUUUUUUAAAUGAAAGCUUAGCUUAUUUGCAUCUAUUCAAAAAUAGAAGAUAUAGCUGAAAAAUGAGUGAUGAAAUAGAUUUUAAAACUAAAUGCUGUGUAACACAGUACAUAGGAUGCCAUUCUGUUCUCAUUAAGAUGUGCAUCUUAAUGAACCAAAAAAAAAAUCCGAAACAACGAUGAGGGUUGGCUUGAGGCAAAUAGAGAGGGAAAGUGUUUCAAAGCCUCGAUUAGCAACUUCCUUGCUCUGUGUUUGCCAGCAAUUGGAAAUCUUGAUCCUUUCUCUCCCUCAUCAUAAACUGUCCAGGAGCUUUUCCUCUUGCUUAGAGUCAGCUUCUUUCAAAUAAGAAGUUUGAAUAUAACCAUCUAAAAGAAAAGCAUGGCCACUAAAAACUCAAUUUCACAUAAUAAAUUUAACUAAUAUAAUACUUUUCUAUAACACCUGACACUUAACAUGUAAGCAUAUCCUGAAGGGCAUUUCAUCUGAUACUUAGAUAUUCACAGGUGAAAUUCCCAAAUGUUAUAUUUGCUGGGAGUUUUGACAUAUACCGUAUACUGUAGAUCCAUCUUAAGGAUGCCAAAGAACUUCAGAGAAUACUACUCCCUUCUCCUCCUCCUCCUCCUUUGCAGGAGAAUACAGUUGUAAGAAAUGGUUAUCAUUCAGAAUUCCUUGACAUUUAGGAACAAAUUGUUUUCCCAUCCUUUGUUUCCCUAAUUCAGCAACUCCUGCUUAAAUCCUACUGAAAGCAUUCAUUUGGAAAUUUAUUGCUAAUUUAACGCAUCUGGUUAAACAUUGGCAAUUUAAUUUCUUCCUGCUGUCCUUCUAUUCCCCGUGAAAAGGUUUUGAAAAACAUAUUCCAGUUUUCAGCAUUAUAGUUUUUAUUUUUAUGAAAACAACGAUUUCCCUUUUGAAGAAAAGGAAAAAAAAAAGCAACAUGUGUCAAUUUGGUUAAAAUGGCCCUGAAAUAAUCAUUGCUAGUUUUGAAUAAGCCUGUAAAAACAGUGUGUUAGUAAACAAAAAUGAAAAUGAAUCUGUACUCUGAAUUUUUACUAUCCGCCUUUUAAAUAGUUUCUUGCACAAUGAAUAUAGGCACUCUAUUUUCUAUUUUUAUAUAUGUAGAUAGGUCACGAACGA